UGUAUAUAUAUAUAUAUAUAUAAGUGGAAUAGAACAAUAUACAUGAUCUUACAUAAUGUUUGAUAUGUCCAAUAAUGAAAUGUUUGUUACUGGUGAAUUGAGCAUAAGAUCCGUGACAGUCUCUGCCUCCCACCGUCUGUCACUAAAGAGAAUGGAUAGCAUUGUUGAUAGUUCAACCAUAAAACGUAUUACUGUAUCAUCCAAUGUUUUAUUUGACAAAAUAAAAAAAGAAACUUUAACAGUGAUUAGUAGAUGAUUUAAUGAAAUCAAACAUUUCUAUAAAUGUUGUAUUUUAACAUUUGAUGUUAUAUAUUAUAAUAAUUAUUGGGGUAAUAAUUAGAUAUAAUUUUAUUAAAAAGAAAAGAAUCAAAUAAAACAUGAGUUCACCGGUGUCAAUAAGUAAUUCAGCUUCAUUGACUGGUACCAAUGGAAUGGAAACAAUAGUAGCUGUUGCACUCGGUGCACUUGCUGCAGUUUUUCUUGGUGCACUCUUGGUACUCCUUGUUAUUUGUCGCAGACAACGUUGUUAUUAUAAUCAAAAAGAUUCACCAGAUCUCAGUUCGGAUUUGUUGGAAAGUGAGAAUAAUCCUGAAUUAGGUUUGGGUACUUGGGAAAGUGAGGAAUGGCUUGCUGGUGCUGAAAGGUGGGUUGAUGAUGCUACUGGUUUAGCACCACCUUGUAUUGCAAUACUUCGUUCUUGUCAUGCAUUGGCUGCAAGUCUUACUGCUAUCGCAGGAACAGUAAAUAGCAAUACAGUACCAUUGGAAAUAGUAGAUGUUGCUAGACGUAUUCCACCCCGUGUAGAUGACGUAGUCAGAAGUUUAUAUCCACCAUUGGAUGCAAGACUAUUGGAAGCCAGAGUUGCUGCAUUGGUAUUAGCUGUUACUCAUUUAGCAUUAGUAACUAAACAUGGUGUUCCCAAAAGUCAAGCUAGAAAAUUAACUUUCAUCGAUCAAGCAUUGAACGAUAUGGAUUCGCAUUUGUUAAUAUUAAGAAAUGCUGCAUUAGCACAAGAGGCUGUAUGUUCUAUUCCAGCUUCUACGUCGGUCUAAAUUAUUGUUUAUGAUUGAACAACUACAAAUUAGCAGUAUUUUUUUUUUAUAAAGGCACUCUUAUUUUUUUAACGAUGCCUUUAUUGUAUUUUAUAACGAU